AUUAAAAAAUAAUUAAUUGAGGAAGGAGUAGUGGUCUUUCAUACUCCUUCCGCCCGACCUAACAAUCCUGAUUUCACCUCUUCCACUAAUUAACCAUUCGUGGUGACCCACCGCUCUGCAACGCGGAAACACCCACCCUCUUCUUCUCUAAUCCAAUCUGCAUAGAAGCUGCAAGUUGACUCACGGAAGAGGAUAACCUGACGAAUUGCCUUCCAAUUAGUUGCGAGCUCCUUGGUCAACCGGUAGAUAUUCUGAUAUUGGGUAUGUUUUGCAUUGUCACAAAUAGAUUACUGUUUAUUUUGGCUGAUAUUUUAGUGUUGAGUAGUUGGAAAAUUGGGACUGUUGUAGUUGAAUUUGUUUCUUCCACGAGCCAUAUUUUUUGCUCCUCAAUAAAAAAAUACAUGGGUGUUGAGCUCGAGCUCUAGCUCGGGACGAGCAACCGAGUUCUUUGGAACUCGGGUUCAAGCUUGACUUUUUCAAGAGUAAUUUGGAGCUUGAUCUUGACUUGUGAAGAUGAACAUUUGUCUAAUAAAAAAAAGGGGUAAUGUGCACUGAUUUGAUCAAAAAUUUAGCAAAGAAUUUUUAAUAUGGAUUAGGUAGGGCCAAUUCGACUUUACAUUACUUAGGAGGCACUAGUUCAAGAGAAGCUCCUGUAGGCUGCUUUCUUCUCUUCUCUUCUCAUUAAGAAUGGAUUGUGUUUUCUACUGGGGGACUAACUUUAUUCGUUUCAAUUACUAAUCCUACUGCUUCUGGAGAUUAUAGCUGCGUUACGUUGCAGAAACUACUUUUGAGGGCUUGAACUCUAUACCUCAGAAUGGAUUGUGUUUUCUACUGGGGGACUAACUCUAUUCGUUUCAAUUACUAAUCCUACUGCUUCUGGAGAUUAUAGCUGCGUUACGUUGCAGAAACUAUUUUUGAGGGCUUGAACUCUAUACCCCAGGUAUUUGUGAAGUUGGAGAAGGAACAGUGGCGAAAAGUGAUGUUAAGCUUCUGGGGGCAUGGACUAGUCCCUUUGUGAUGAGGGCAAGAAUUGCCCUUAACAUCAAAUCCGUGGACUAUGAGUUUCAGGAAGAGAAUUGGCUUGUGUCCAAAAGCGAGCUGCUUCUUAAAUCAAACCCUAUUCACAAGAAAGUCCCAGUUCUCAUCCAUGCUGACAAUCCCGUAUGUGAGUCUCUCAUCAUUGUCCAGUACAUAGAUGAGGUUUGGUCCUCUGGCCCCUCUAUUCUUCCUUCUGAUCCUUAUGAUCGGGCCACAUCUCGAUUUUGGUCUGCCUAUAUUGAUGACAAGUGGUUCCCAUCCAUGAUAGCCUUUUUUUUUGCGCAAGAAGAGGACGCCAAGAAAGCAGCAAUCGCACAGAUGGAAGAAGGCCUGGUGCUGUUGGAGGAAGCAUUUGGGAAGUGUAGCAAAGGAAAGGCUUUCUUUGGAGGUGAUCGAAUUGGGUUCCUUGACAUUGCAUUUGGGUGCUUCUUGGGGUCGUUAAGAGUCAUAGAGAAGGCUGAUGGGAUUAAGCUGCUCAAUGAAACUAAAACUCCUUCUCUGUUGAAAUGGGCAGACAGGUUUUCCUCUGACACUGCUGUCAAGGAACUCAUCCCUGAUACUGAUACGCUGGCAGAGUUUGGAGAGAAGCUUCAAGCCAAAAUGAUAGCUAAUAAGUAAGUCAUUGUCUAGCAUUUGCUUCUUUGCUGCCUAAGUGAUAAGAGAUCAUCCUUGGUUUCGACUCCUUGUGCUUUGCCAUCGGCAAAAACAGGGUGACCCCAAUCUUGGGAUGCAAACAAAAACCAGUAUUUCUUUGCUUGUUUUGUUAUGAGUGUCAGUAAGUCAUCUUAAUGUUUUGCUUCUUUCUAAUGUCAAUGUACUUUGCUUGUUGAGGUCUCGUUUAUGUUAUUUGCAGCUUAUGUGGAAGCAGACUGUUGAGAAAUAGUUGGGAUAUUCGAAUG